UUGGUGACCUCAAACCGGAAGUCAACAUGAUAGAAAAUGGCUGAAAUGGGCACCAAAACAGAUGCGGAUUCCGUCUUACCCCCAUUUGAAAGGCUCAGAAGUAGUAGUGACCCUAAACCUUCUUUAGAUUCAAUAUCUUUACCAGGCGGUAGUUUAGGUGAUGAUGGCUUAAGUCUAGAGAAUGAUGGACCAGGUGGGGACAAUUCAUAUUUGACAUCAGGAUCAUCCACAACACCUAGAACUGUUAGAUUUAUAAAGGAUGAGCCCUGCACUAUGUCGGCCGAGGUUCGGGUCCCCGAGAGACACCCCCACGACGACGCCAUAGAGACCAACGGGAAAGCCCACACCCUCAGGGGUGGGCAGCUCAGCGCCUCUGGGGACCUGUCUUCCGGUGACGAGCUGUCCGAGUCGCCCUUGGAGAAGUCGUCCAGCAGUAGCAGCUCCAGGAAGCGCUGGCCCUGGAGUCGCUUCCGGUGGAAGAGGAAGGAAGCGGGUGGUCUUACCCUCCAUUAUGACAAUGGGGAACAACUCGGUUCUUGUGUUGAUGAGCAGUCCCCCGCAGAUGCACGGAAGAACGGGGACAGCAAGCCGGUCACAGCCUCAGCCAGCGCCACCCCGCCCGCAGAACGGAAGAGCAAGCUGUCGACCCUGGGGAAAAUAUUCCGCCCCUGGAAGUGGAAGCGGAAGAAAAAGAGCGAGCGGAUCGAGAAGGCGGCCGUGGAAAUCGAACGCAAAAUCUCCAUGCGUACGUCCAGGGAGGAGUUGAUACGAAAAGGUGUAAUUCGGGAACCAGACGGCACGCAGAACCACUCGACUCCAAAGAUUGAAACAUUGAAGGAAAGCGAGGAAGAAAGGCAGCCGGACACAGAACUGAACAAAAACCAUGAGAUUAGCGGUAGCGUGCUGAAGAAAGAUGGUCAGAACUCUGUGGGGGAUAGCCUGGCCCCCACCAUUGUUGCUAGUUCAGCCCCUACCGUAGUUGUGGGGGCCACCACCACCUCAGCCCCUUCAUCCACAACAAACUCCUCCAGCUGGGCCCCAGCGGCACCGCCAGCCAGCCCUGUUGUUAUACUGCCCACAGUCACAACUCAGGCCGAAGUCACAUCUAAUAUAAAUAAUGCAGGCUCUAUAGCUUCAUCAGCCCAAGCGCGACCCAUUAUUGUACCCCCAAGAUGCCCCAGUCCCUCUGUCCAGACCAGGGAGGUCAUGAACCAUCCGCCACCCCCCAAGUACACGGAAGCGCUGGCGCAGGUGGCACCAGAGAUGGUCCCUGGAGGGAGACUCCCUGUAUCAUUCCAGCCAGUAGCUCCUCAAGAUUACCACUCGGACCGUGAGGACAGUGAUAAUGAAGAGGAUGAGGAAGGUAGCGAUAUGCUCAACAAGUAUGUGAUUGACCCAGGUCUGAUCAACCCCCAGUCUCCCUACGAAGCUGUCCUAGCCAGCGAGCCUGACCUGACCAAAAAGCCACAGAAAUCCGCACUCAAGAAGUCAUCAGCAGCCUCAGGAGCCACUUCAACAACAUGGACAGCCAGGCCGUUGGACACCAGUAGGGCCAGUCCAAGCCCCACCCCUGGGGCCGGCCCCACCUUUUCAUCUAGUGCCAGUAACUGUGGGGUGCCACCAGCUCCACCCCUGCUGCCUCAAGCACCCAGACAUAUGGAGGGCACCCCAGCCCUCCUCACCCCCCAGGCUACACCUGCGGUGGCUCCCCGACCUACACCUCGCCCUCGGGUCACUAUACAAAAUAACAUGGCUGACAAAGAGAAUGAUAAAGAAAACAUUAACCCCCCAACAGUUGAGAUCAGUAAUCCACCUGAUUACUCUGCUGCCGACUCAGACUCCGAGGAUGAUGAGAUCAAAUACAGAGAUGACUACGAUCCAAAUUCACUAGCUGCCAAAGUGGCAAGAAAUGACAGUCUGGCCAGGUUUCUGGAGAGUCGACCCUCCAAAAAUGAACUGGUGGCCAAAAAUAUCAUUCCAGCUCAAUCAGAGAACGAGAAAAAGGAGUUGAGAGAAGCAAUAGGGUCCAAACUUACAAGGCGCCUGAGCCAAAGACCAACCCAAGAAGAGUUAGAGAGUAGAAAUAUUCUACAUCAACAAUCCAUUGAUGAAGCUAUGGCGGAGAAAGAAAGGAAAAAGAGAUAUCUACUCCGGAAGCUCAGCUUUCGGCCCAGUAUAGAAGAGCUAAGAGAGAGAAAAAUUAUCGACUUUAGUGAUUAUGUUGAGGUUACUGAUGCACAUGAAUAUGACAGACGAGCAGACAAACCAUGGACCAAACUCACACCCAAGGAUAAGGCUGCUAUUCGUAAAGAAUUAAAUGAAUUCAAGAGUAAAGAAAUGGACGUACAUGAGCAGAGUAGGCAUUUAACACGGUUUCACAAGCCUUGACAAGAACUAGGGACAUUAACUCUGUAUACACAAAUUCUUUCUUCCUACGGGAGCUUUCAAGUCUGAUUGUACACGCUCUGGUCCUACAUUGAGACUCAUCUUGCACGUUGAUGUGUAUAUAUUAUAAAUAAAUUUGUGGGGGAAAACAAGCUUGCUAUUACCAGAAGAGUAGAUGGGAGUAAAGUUUAUUUUUUUUUGAGUCUACUUUAAGACUGGCUGUCUGCAUUGUUAGCCCUUUUUAGUCAGGUUUUUUUUUUGUGCAUGAGGAAGUAGAUUUUCACUGUUUUUACAGCAAUAUUUGAAUAAGAAAAUUGAGUAUUGGGGGGCUACUAUAUUUGUAUAUUUAUGUAUGUAUGUAUGUGGCUCUCCUCAAGGGCAGAUAAAUCAUGUGUGUUCUUUGUUUGGUUUAAUGGCAUGAGGGCAUUACAGAAUGUCCUGAACAAUGGUGACAAGGUUUAUUCAGGGGAGCUAAUUUUUUAAUUACCCAUUUAUUUCCCCUUAUGUUCUGUUUUAUAAUGAGUGACCUGGAAUUUUCACAGAUUUUAAUUAAACAUUGACGGACCCAACAUUAAUUUAAAGGCAGCAGUUGAAAAUUUACUGACACAUUAAAAAGAAAAUUUUGUUUUCAUGAUUAUAAAAAAAAGUGCUAUGAAAUUGAGCAAAUUCUUAGAAUAUAGAACAGUUUAUUUAGAGUUGAAAUAGUUUCACAGUAUUUACUAACUGAUAGAUUCUUUUUUUAAAAGUGCUAACAGCUUGACUCAGUUUCAUGGAGGUCGAUGAUUUUUUUGUCUCUAAAAGGCUUAUUUUUAUUUUGUUUUUUUUAUAAAGAUCAUCCAUCUAGUUUUAUGAUUUCAGCCUUUGACAUGAUACUAGUUUGUUUUUUCUCUCUACAUUGCAAGAGAAAUCCCUCCCACUAUUUGUGUAGACCCAUAGUGUGGUCUAGCAGGGGACAUAAUUCUAAAGCUGACAAUAUUCCACUCCUCCUGGAACAACUUAGAUUCACUCCCCUGGCCAGGAAAUGUUACAUUAUUAUGCCAGUUAAGUCAAAAAGUAAAUUUUACUUUGGCUAAUGUUUUGUAGAUAUUUUCCUUGGUCUUUGAAGGGACUGGGGAAUUUUGGGGUAAUGUAUUGAUGUGGAAAGUAAUCACAUUGAUCAUAGGUGAUAUUGAUUGGCGUGAUCGUAGCGUAGGUGUGGUUUUAGAUAACUUUUGCGAACAAAAAGACUUAUAAAAUGUAACAUCCACAAGAUGUACUUUGAAUGUCAUCACUGUUUGCAUAAUGUCUGUGAAAACUAAAAAUCUAAAAAAAAAAACAACAGCCUCUUUGUUAAGCUGCCCACUACAAAUGACAUAAUAAAUAACAAAGAAUUGAUCAGGUGUCUUGUCAUUUUUACUGGAAUACUUGUUUGUUUAUUUUAAAAAAAAUUGUUUUGCCAGUUAAAUUUAGUUGAAAAUUGGAUUCAGAGUUAAUUAUGCAUGAUAAUCAAGCUUUUAUUUCAGAGCGUUAUGUUUCUUAUAUUAAUCUCAUUUUCUCAAAUUAUCUAUUUCUCGCUGAAUAUAAUUUUAAGAAUUAAAUCCCCAAGAUUAGCAGCAACAUCCAUUCAUCAAUAAUUCAUGGUUAGUCUGUACUUAGUUUAAGUAAUCAUAAAUUUAUGAUUGCUUCAACUUCUUAAAAAAAAUGCAAAUUAUUUUAAAAUGAAUACUCACAAGCUUAGUUUAUCAUUGCCAGGGAAACGUGUAAAUUACAGAUUUAUAAAAAAAAAAUUGUUUGGUUACUGCUGGCUACUGUCUAAAAUGUAUGUAGGAAAUUUUAAGAAAUAAAUUAAAAAAAAAUAAUGAACUGUUUUUAUUUUGUUUAAUUUUACACUAGUCUAUAGUUGAAGAAUAUUAUUUUUGACCAUGACAAAAAAAAUUAACAAAAAUCCCAAUUGUUUUGAAAUUGCCUGAUGGACUAUAAAUAAACAUUUUAAAAAAUUAUGUUUUUUUUUAUUAUUUAGCAUCAGGCGCGUUUAUAAGUGGUGCAUUUAGACUUUGACAAUCAAAAUGUAUGAAAUUCAACAAAAAAUGAAAACUUGUUAAACUUAAUUCAACAAAUGAUGUUCUACCUUAAGUCUUCACCAGAUUGAGAAGUUGUUUUCCAUAUAUUUUUCAUUGUCAAGUGAGAAUAAUAUCCCCCCUUUGUUCAGCAGCAAAACUGGUAAAUGUUGAUGUACCACAAGCAGUAGUUGUGUCAAUGGAUGAUGAUGUAUCCGUAAAUUGGUACAACUGCGUCAGUGGACGUUUAUUUCAUCUUUUCAUGUUACGUGUAUAGCCAUGCAGUUUUUGUAUAAUAAAUGAUUGAAAUGGAGACUGUCCAUGAUGCAAAUGUAAACAUUCUUCACUAGUGUAUUCAUCAUCAUGUAUUAUAUGUAAAAUGCUUCAAUAAAUAGAAAUUUUUGACAAUGCUUGAUGCUCUGUAACCCCCUCCCCUUCAAUUGCCUUCUGGCUUUUAAUUGCCAUUAAAAUUGUUAAUGUGCUGGUGGGUUUUGUGUUAAUCUACAAUUAUGUUGUCAUCCCAUAUAAUACAUCAUUAGUUCUUUUUUUUCUUUUAAAUUUGCAAUUGCCAGUAAUAUUGACUAUUUUCAAAUGUAAUUUUUUAACUCAAAAAAAAAAACGCAAGUGCCCUAUGCCUUUUUUUUUGUACUGUACGGCAGUGCUGUAAAGAAUUUUAAGUUAUGCGCUUUACCUUGAUGUUGAAGAAACACAACUGCUGACAAUGCAUAAGGCGAAGAUGAGGAUAUAUAACACUCUGUAAGAAACAUUUUGUACUGUCAAUUUUUUUUUCAUUUUCAGUUUUUGUUAAAGCAGGACUGUUUUUAUUGCUUUCUUUUUUCCUCCCCCCUUUUCAUUUUGGUGCUGUAGUAUUUGAAAGCUUGCUUAAAUCCUCAAGUGCUAUUUUGUCUCUGUUGUGCCAUGUUUCUCUCCCCCUCCCUCCUGUUUGAGAUUUGUAUAAGAUGCAGUGGUCAGUGACAAUCAGGUAUUUUACCUGUGGUAUUCAGUUGAGUGUAGGUAACCUGUUCGUGUCUUGAAGUUUUUUGUUAAAACUUUAAAAGAAAACACUUUUAAGAAUCACUGGAAUAAUUUCAAAUUUAGCACCCUUUUUCCCGAAAUUUAUCUUUUAUUAGAAAAACCUCCCACCAGUUUUGUACAAAUCAAGAUAUUCCUGAACAAAUUUUUUAGAUUCACCCUUUCUAUCGACUUUGUUUUGCUAAUUUUUUUUUAUAAAAAUUUAUUUUACUAAUUACUAAGCAUUUGUAGUUGCAUUUUUUUUAUAUCAGAACUUAAGAAAAAUAAUUUUUUACAUCACUGAGUACUGACAUGUAAAUUUUGACUCAUUAAUUUAUAUAGAAUCACUGAAUUGUUUAGAGGCUGUACCUAUCAUUACUACACAAGGAACUACUGUGAUGAUUUGGAUUAGCAGCGUGUCACAUUGGUGUGUAAAUGGAGUGAAAGUUAUUUGAGCUGAAUGAAAAUUUCAGUGGUUUUUUUUUAUCAUGGUUUAGUAGCUGGUCACAAGUCAUUUCCUAACCUCCAUAGCUGUUGCUGUUAAAAUCAAAAGCUAGACAGCAACCAAAGGGUUAAGGGGAUGCUGUUGUAGGCCAGUAUACUGGUCAUAUCUGGCUCAUGUAUGAGUGGUUCUCAUUUAAAAUGUUUUAGACAAAAUAAAAUCUGUCUGUUAUUAUUUUGA